AUGAAGUUACACGAAUGGCCAGAUGAAAUAGGGAAGGCCCGUACCUACACGGCGGGCCGACACGGGGACUCAAGCACCCGGCGGAGGGUGCAUCGCUGAUGAAUUUAUUCACCCGGGAUCGCAGCUCCUACAGCGGAGAAGCCCGCGGUGACGUCACGGGCCCGAGUCACGUGGCCGAAGCCGCCCCGCCCCCUCCCCGCCCGCGCCGCCGCAGCCUUCUGAGCGCAGGGUCUCGCAGCAGCAGCUGCUCGCAGCUCCCGGGGGAUCGAGGAGGGAGGCCUGUGGGCGCACGGGCGAGUGGGCCGGGACCCGGAGCGGUUGAGGAGCCGGCAGCAGCAGCGCGGCGAGCCCCGGACGAGGCGAUCGGCGCUCCUGAAAACUUGGGCGUGCGCUCGCGCCGCUGCACCCGCAGCGAUGAAGAUGGUCGCGCCCUGGACGCGGUUCUACUCCAACAGCUGCUGCCUGUGCUGCCAUGUCCGCACCGGCACCAUCCUGCUCGGUGUCUGGUACCUGAUCAUCAAUGCCGUGGUACUGUUGAUUUUACUGAGUGCCCUGGCUGACCCGGAUCAGUAUCGCUUUUCAAGUUCUGAACUGGGCGGUGACUUUGAGUUCAUGGAUGAUGCCAACAUGUGCAUUGCCAUUGCGAUUUCUGUUCUCAUGAUUCUGAUAUGUGCCAUGGCUACUUACGGAGCAUACAAGCAACACGCAGCCUGGAUUAUCCCAUUCUUCUGUUACCAGAUCUUUGAUUUUGCCCUGAACACCUUGGUUGCAAUCACUGUGCUUGUUUAUCCAAACUCCAUUCAGGAAUACAUACGACAACUGCCUCCUAAUUUUCCCUACAGAGAUGAUGUCAUGUCAGUGAAUCCUACGUGUUUGGUCCUUAUUAUUCUUCUGUUUAUUAGCAUUAUCUUGACUUUCAAGGGUUACUUGAUUAGUUGUGUUUGGAACUGCUACCGAUACAUAAAUGGCAGGAACUCCUCCGAUGUCCUGGUUUACGUCACCAGCAAUGACAAUACGGUGCUGCUACCCCCGUAUGAUGAGGCCACUGGGAAUGGUGCUGCCAAGGAGCCGCCACCACCUUACGUGUCUGCCUGAGCAGAGCUGAGGGCAGCAGCUUGACUUUUUUGACAUCUGAGCAGUAGUUCUAUUAUUUCACUUUGCGAUGAGCUCUCUGAGCUUGUUUGUUGCUGAAAUGCUACUUUUAAAAAUUUAGAUGUUAGGUUGAAACUUGUAUUUUUCCGCAUAUGCUUUACUAGAACAGUGUGAUAGAUGAGCUGUUGUAGAAUUCUUUCUAUAGGAUUUGGGGUGUAAUGGGCUUCACUAACCUUCCCUAUGCACUGAAACUUCCCCCAAAUCUGAUGAACCCAGAGUCAGAGAAGUUCGCUUUUGUACCUGCUGGGCUCCAAAGUUAGGCCGUUAGUCACACUUUUUCUCUCUACUGCCUGUAUUUUGAAAGUGUAAAAUAGAACCAAAAAUAGACAACAUUUUCUUAAGCCAUUCCAGUGCAGAGAACAAACCCUUAUGGAAGCAGGAAUGUCAAUUGUGUGAUCAUUGUUCUAAUUAGGUAAAUAGAAGUCCUUAUAUAUGUAUUACAAGAAUUUGCCCCCUAGCAUCAUUUAUGACUUAAGUUCAAUGACGGUUUGCACUUGGUGGUAAAGGACUUUUCUCCAUGGCCUAAAUUAAGACCGUUAAAAAGUGCUAGGCUGUGGGAGCAGUAACCAUCUGAUGACUAUUCUUGUGCAUCCGGGUCCAGGGACAUGGGCAACGUGCCUCGUCUGUGUCAGAAGGUGGGACGGGUGUGUUUGGCGCUGCAUGGGGUCUGGUGCUCCUCUCCUGGAUUCACAUCCCUACCCGGGGCCCGCUUUCACAAGUGUUCUGCCCUAUCCUGGUUCAAGGAGGUCAUCCAGCUGACUUUACCAAGCGGAAUUGGGAUAGAUUUGAUACAAAUUUGUAUGACAACAUGGAAAAGGGUUUUCCUCCUCCUUUCCCUCCAAGGUACAUUCUACCGCUUUAAAAUUCCAAGUAUACUUAGUGACCUUUUAAAAUGUAAACGUUUUCAGAAAAAUGAAGGUUGCUUUCCUUGUAUGCGUUUAUUAUCUUGACUACCUGAACUGCAAGGGAUUUUUAUAUACUCAUAUGUUCCUAAGUCAGCAGCUCUCCCGUUGGUUCAUUAUUGAAUGUGCUAUAAAUGAAGUCUUUUGCAAUUAAAAAGAGGUUUGCCCACAUCCAA